AUGGCGCCCGCGAAACGUCUCGGCAGUGAAUCCCCUCUCGCAGAACCAGGUACGCCCCUCCUGAUCCAGGGUAAAGCUCGAGCCCCUUCAUACUCGAAAUUCCCUCACGGCGUCAAGGGAACCGCUGAGCUAGAGCCCAACAUGUGCCUGGUCCUUGAGAAAAUGAUUGGAUUAUUGCGAAGGAGAUCUGGUCCCAAGGAAGUCUGA